CUAGAGUUGAAGCUUGGGCCACUUCGACUUUCACGACCGAAGAUGUCCCAGCAACGCGAUGCGCAAACAUCGCUCCAGCGGACCUCCACCUUGCACAAUCACAUUCUCCAUCAAAUCGCCCUAACAAAGCGCGCCUCCGCUAUGACAAGCAUAGACGAUCUUUUCAAAGGACAUAACGCCUCCGCGAAACGCAAAUUCGAAAAUCCGUCAGAGUUCGAUCCAUCGCAAGCCUACAAAUCCGCGAAGCUCAAUUCGAACAGCGAUGUUAAGCAGUCCGCACAAGCUACUGUAGCUGAUGAAGCAGACAGUGAUGGCGAGGCUGGACCUUCGCUACCACCAGAUUUCGAGCCUGGUGAUGGAGACGACGAGGAGGGCCGAUUUUUCGGUGGAGGCUUGGACGACGAUGCGAUCGAUGCGAUAGACUAUCUGGAUGCAAAAGACCAAGAGGAAGCUAUAGUGGAUGAGAAAUUCGAUGUCCCUUGGUUGCGAAAACUAGCGCUUGCUUUCGACAAGAAGGUCACGAAGAACGCAGAACUACGAGCGAGAUACGAGGAUGAUCCAAGCAAGUUCAUGGCAUCGGAAGCUGAUCUGGACGAGAGCAUUAAGAGUAUUAGUAUUCUUUCAGACCAUCCGGAGCUAUACUCGGAGUUUGUGAAAGGCGAUACAGUCUCGAAUUUGGUCCAAUUGCUUGUGCACGAGAACACGGACAUUGCGAUCGACGCCAUCGAGAUCAUAUCGGAGCUCACAGACGACGAUGUCGUGGCGGAACAAGAACAGUGGGAUGUGUUAGUUGCUACGAUGCUGGAGGCAGAUUUGCUCAACAUGCUUGUUUCCAAUUUCUCACGGUUUGACGAGAAUGAGGAAGCGGAUAGGUCCGGUGUUUAUCACUCGCUGAGCGUUCUUGAGAACCUCCUGUCGGAUUCGAAGAAUCUCGAAAUAAUAGGGCGAGAUAAGAAACUCUUGACUUGGCUACUCAACCGCAUUCAGGAACAAGAGAAACCCACAUCACAGAACAAGCUCUAUGCUUCCGAGAUCCUCUCGAUACUUACACAAUCAUCCAACUCAAACCGGCGACGCCUGAUCGAAGCGAACGGAGUUGAAACACUCCUUACACAACUCGCCGCCUAUCGACGGAGCGACCCAGAGAAGGAAAGCGUGGAGGAAGAGUACAUGGAGAAUCUCUUCAACUGCCUCUCCUCUCUACUCGAGGAGACAGAAGGCAAGGCCGAAUUAUUGAAAGCCGAAGGUGUAGAGUUGUGUCUCUUGAUGGUCCGAGACGGCAAAACAAGCAAAAGCCGUGCAUUGAAAGUGCUCGACCACGCCUGUGGCUACGCGGAAUCACCCUCGACUGAUAACGCGCAAUCAAACGGCACACCCUCGAAGGACAAAGGAAAGAAGGCGGUUGAGGAAUCUGCGGGUACAAAUCCAGCGGCAGCAGUCUGCGAAAAGCUUGUAGAGGCACGCGGCCUGAAACCACUUUUCAGCGCGUUCAUGAAGACGAAGAAGCACGACCCUGAGUCAACCGAACACAUACUUGGCCUUUUCGCCUCUUUGCUGCGAUCACUGCCCGGAAAUUCAGACUCACGAUUUAGGGUGCUAGCGAAGUUCCUGGAAAAGGACUACGAAAAGAUUGGAAAAUUGGUCACACUGCGACGGGACUACGUCAGCCGCGUUUCUGCUUUCGAUGCCAGUCUCAAAGAGAGAGCUAAAGGCCUGUCAAAGGAGGAGCAAGAGGAGCUUGAGCUGACGAACAUCCCCCUAAGGUUGAGCGAGGGACUGUACUGUUUAGAACGUACAGAUGCAAUUCUAGCAUGGCUGGUAGCAGAAGAUGAUGGCGCGAAGAGCGCCGUCGUCAAGGCACUAGCAGAACGGGACGAGAGCCUUGGAGACAUCAAGAGGACCCUUCAAGCCCAGUUGGACGGCGCCCUUGAGGUCGAAGCUUCCGAGCGGGAAAUGCUGGAAACAUUGGUGUCAUUUUUGUGAUAGAUAGUGCACACAAAGAUUGCAGUUAUAAUUGUAUAAUACCCUGU